AGAGUCCGUCGAGGCAGAAACGACCUGCCGUAACGACUGAGGAGAGAGAGAAAGAAACAAGCAUGCCACCGCCAGUGUUCUCAUUUGAAGAAAAUCGCGGCCCUGAGGGCCAGCAGCCCAUCGCGGCACGCAGCGGUGUCUUCCACCUCCCCCACGGUCCGCUGCGCACGCCCAUUUUCAUGCCCGUCGCCACCCAAGGUGCGCUAAAAGGUAUCACGGUGGAGCAGCUCGAGGAGCUCGAUGUGGAGAUCAUCCUGGGCAACACCUACCACCUCGGCCUCCGCCCUGGCGAGGAGGUUCUCCGUGAGCUCACCGCACGCAAGACCGCCCGCGAGUCGGCGAACGGCACACAAACUUCCCUUGACGGGGUGCGCGACAACAUGGAUGGGAUUCACUUCAUGGAGAGUUGGCGGCGAAACAUUCUAACCGACAGCGGCGGCUUCCAGAUGGUGUCGCUGCUGAAGCUGGCGCGCAUUACGGAGGAGGGCGUGCGCUUUCAGUCCACCCACGGCAGCGGAAGUGCGGGUGCGGUGAUGGCGAAGACGGAAGGGGCCACCACAGCGUCUGCUGCUGAGAUGACCGAAGCAGCAACCGCGACCGCGCAAGACGAAGGAACCUACUCACUGCUUCUCCGACCCGAGGACUCCAUCCGCAUUCAGAACGCCAUCGGCGGCGAUAUUAUGAUGCAGCUGGACGAUGUCGUGCACACGCUGACGGUGGGACCGCGCGUGGAGGAGGCGGCGAGGCGGUCCAUACGCUGGCUUGAUCGCUGUCUCGCCGCGAACGCGAACAAAGAGAAGCAGUGCAUUUUUGGUAUCAUUCAGGGCGCCCUCGACGCCGACCUCCGCCGUGACUGUUUGAGGGAGAUUAUUCAGCGCUCGGCCUGCAAGGGCUACGCCAUUGGCGGGCUUAGCGGGGGUGAGGCGAAGGACGAUUUCUGGCGGAUGGUGCGGCUGUGCACGAAGGAGGGGCUUCCCGCCAACAAACCGCGCUACUGCAUGGGCGUGGGGUACCCCGAGGACAUUUUGGUGUGCAUCGCCCUCGGCGUGGACAUGUUUGACUGCGUCUACGCCUGCCGAACGGCGCGGUUUGGUUCAGCGUUGACGUCGUCGGGCAAGGUCCAGCUGUCGAGGAAGGAGUACGCGAGUGACUUCGGUCCGCUGGACCCCAACUGUCGUUGCAUGACGUGUAGCACGUACACCCGGUCGUACCUGAACAUGAUCGCGGCGAAAGAGGGGACGGCGGCGACGUUGUUGUCGUACCACAACAUUGCAUACCUGAUCAGCCUGACGCGCGGGGCACGCCGCGCGAUCGAGGAAGGGCGCUUUACCGCCUACGUGCAGGACUUCUUCCUUGCUUACUACCCCAAGAAAGACUACCCGCGAUGGGUGGUGGAGGCGCUUGCAUCCGUGGAGAUUACUUUGGUGUAG